AUGACUCUGGGGACGGACAUGUCCGACAAUUCUGCUUUGUCCGACGACGUGGAUAUAGACGUGGUUGGGGGAGACAUUGUCAAGGACGGGAAAUAUCUUCAUCACCACCACAAUUUCCACUUGGACAAUGACUCCGACGAUAAUCUGUCUCAAAAUGCGGGUGAAGGCGCCGCCUCUCCGAGCCAUGGCAGUUUAGAAUGCCCUGCUGACCGAGUAGGGGCUGGUGAAGAGCACGGUGCGGGGGCUCUGGUUGGCGACAAGCCAGGGAAGAACGCCUUAGUUAAGCCCCCUUACUCCUAUAUCGCCCUGAUCACCAUGGCUAUCUUGCAGAGUCCGAAGAAACGUUUGACUCUGAGUGAGAUCUGCGAGUUCAUAAGCAACAGGUUUCCAUACUACCGAGAGAAGUUCCCUGCGUGGCAAAAUUCAAUCCGUCACAACCUCUCACUAAAUGACUGCUUUGUAAAGAUUCCCCGUGAACCUGGCAACCCUGGUAAAGGCAAUUACUGGACCCUCGACCCGGAGUCGGCCGACAUGUUCGACAAUGGGAGUUUUCUGCGAAGGAGAAAACGUUUCAAGAGGCACCAGUCCAGUGACAUCCUCAGGGAGGCGGGAGGAUUUCUACCUGGGUUCGGGUAUGGUCCUUAUGGUUACAACUACGGCCUCCAACUGCAAAAUUUCCAUGCACAUCAUCCGUAUCACCCACACCAUCCGGGAGGUGCUUUCCCUUUCCAAAAUGCAACUUGUGCUCUCCCGACCCCCGCCUCAAUAUUCUCCACACCGCACUCUCUCCCGUCGAUUUUAGGAGCAGAACUGAGAAAACCAUUUUAUCCACCACUUAGCCCAACUCUGCCUGGUCUAGCGCCGCUUAAAACGGACGCUAACACUCCUAGCCGGCCCUCUUUCUCCAUAGACAAUAUAAUUGGGGGAGCCAGUUCGCCGGCCUCUCCUUAUAGUGCACAACCGAGUGGCCAGGCACAUAUCGUCGCAAUGCUUACCCCAACUCUCGCCUCAGCGUCAAACCACUUAAAUAUUUCACAGGAGACAUUACUACAACCGGGCGCACAGACAUUCACCAGCAAAACUACAAACCUUAACUGUCAUUUUUAA